UACAGAUUUCUUUAAUUAUUCCAGUUUCAAAUACUACAGUUGAAAGAGUUUUUUUUCGACAAAACCUUAUAAAAACUCGACUUUGUAAUCAAAUGAGUAUUGAUACACUUAAUGAUCAUUUGAUG